AGAAACGGACCGGCUUUCUUCAGCAUCCACAACAAACAGAGGAAGAAAUACGAAUUCGGUAUGAAACCGUUAAUCACCACCUCCUGAAGAUUUCACCUUACCUUAAUGUCUUCUUCUUUAAGUACAUCAGUAUAAUAUUCAAGUCAUCUCUCACCCAGAGCUGCAGAUUGAAGUCCUGAGUUUUCCUCACCCUUGUUCGUCAGGCUGCCUGUAGUUCUGCCCAGAUUGUGGGCGGGGUUUGGAGGGUGAACUUCCUUGCUGGUCAGUGCACCACAUCAGAGAUGAAGUGAUUUCUGUGUAUCAUGGACCAUGCUGAGUCCAGAUCUGAUUCGUGCCUCUCUGCGGAGGAAGAAGCUCCUGUGGUGGGAAACCAUGCUGAGCACUGUUCUGGGAAUCAGACGUUCCAGGCGUUGUUGAGUGAGGACACGGAGGAGGCGGAGCUGCAGAGAGCUGCGGUACACGCCAUGGACGCCGCCACCAACACGGAGCCGAAGCGGAGAUGCUGUGGGUGGCUGAGGAAGCGCUGCCCGUGUCCCCCACGCGGCCUCAUGGCAUCACUUAUUACCAAAGCAUCCAUGGCCGCAGUGUUAUUCGGUGUGGUUUGGUCCAUCACUGAGGACGAGUGUCUCCCUGGAGGAAACCUGUUCGGCAUCGUCACCUUGUUUAUCUGCUCUCUGAUUGGAGGAAAGCUGGUGGGACUGGUUCAUCUGCCCCGCCUCCCACCCCUCCCUCCUCUCCUGGGUAUGUUGUUAGCAGGCGUCCUCCUCAGGAACAUCCCUGUGGUGACGGAGGCCGUGUACAUCAACUACAGAUGGUCGGCCUCACUCAGGAACAUCGCCCUGGCUGUCAUUCUGACCCGAGCUGGCCUGGGAUUGGAUGCCUCGGCACUGAAGAAGUUGAAGGCGGUGUGUGUCCGUGUGGCUAUGGGUCCGUGUCUUGUUGAAGCCUCGACCGUGGCUCUGCUCUCGCACUUCCUCAUGGAGCUUCCCUGGAUCUGGGGCUUCAUACUAGGGUUCGUUCUGGGCGCCGUGUCUCCUGCUGUGGUGGUUCCUUCCAUGCUGCUGCUGCAGAAGGAAGGGUAUGGGGUGGAGCAGGGCGUGCCCACGCUCUUAAUGGCUGCCGGCAGCUUCGACGAUGUCCUCGCCAUCACAGGGUUCACCACCUGCCUCGGCAUCGCCUUCGCCACUGGCUCCACCUGGUUCAACAUCCUGCGAGGGCUUUUAGAAGUUUUAGGAGGCAUAGUUGUGGGCGUGGCUCUCGGCUUCUUCCUUCACUUUUUUCCCAGCAAAGACCAGAAAGCUGUGGUUCUGAAGCGUUCAUUCCUGCUGCUGGGUCUCAGUGUGUUCUCUGUGUUCGGCUCUAACGUGGCCGGGUUCCCCGGUUCUGGUGGACUCUGUACGCUCGUCCUCUCAUUCCUGGCUGGAAUCGGCUGGAAAGAGAACAAGGCUCCUGUAGAGGAGGUUGUAGGUAAAGUGUGGGACGUGUUUCAGCCUCUGUUGUUUGGGCUGAUUGGUGCUGAAAUCCGCAUCGGUGCUCUAGAGCCUAUCACUGUGGCUCUGGGUCUGGCCACUCUCAGCAUUGCCCUCAGUGUGAGGAUCUUCAUCACCUUCCUCAUGGUUCUCUGUGCUGGAUUUAAUUUUAAAGAGAAGAUCUUCAUCGCUCUGGCCUGGAUGCCUAAAGCCACUGUUCAGGCUGCGAUUGGCUCGACGGCUCUGGACAUGGCGCGUGUGAAGCAGGAUGAGAAGUUUCAGCGUUUUGGGAUGGACGUGCUGAGUGUGGCCGUUCUCUCCAUCCUCAUCACUGCUCCACUCGGAGCGCUGCUCAUCGGCCUGUGUGGACCACGCCUACUGAGGAGACCCAAGAACCCUGACUGGGCUGUAAGUCAGGGUACUCUGUCUCCAUCAGAUGCUCAGGUCACCUACGAGAGUGCAAUCUGAAGCUUUCCUGAACAUCACUGACUCAAAAACUCUGGCUGGCUCUGAGUUCUCUCUCACUCUGUUAUGACUCCUCUGUGACUCUGACUCAUCUGUGACUCUGACUCUGCUGUGACUCCUCUGUGACUCUGUUAUGACUCAUCUGUGACUCUGACUCUGCUGUGACUCCUAUGUGACUCUGUUAUGACUCAUCUGUGACUGACUCUGCUGUGACUCCUCUCUGACUCUGUUAUUACUGAAAAUCAGGGCUAAAAUCGUGCAGUGUGAACUCGGCAUUAGUCUCCUCUGUAAUUCCUUUCAGACUCUGACUCUGUCAUUAGUAUCCUCUGUGACUCUGAAUCUGCUGUGACUCCUUUAGUCUCCUCUGUGACUCUGUUAUGACUGUUCUGUGACUGACUCUGCUCUGACUCCUUUAGUCUCCUCUGUGACUCUGAAUCUGCUGUGACUCCUUUAGUCUCCUCUGUGACUCUGUUAUGACUGCUCUGUGACUGACUCUGCUCUGACUCCUUUAGUCUCCUCUGUGACUCCUCUCUGAUGUGUCUGUGACUCUCCUGUGUGACUCUUCUGUAAGUCUCUGACUCUCCUGGGACUCGUCUUUGACUCUGGGGUCUCUGUAUCGAGUAAACGAUGGUGUUCUGGUAUUGUUUGUUUUUUUUAAUGAUUUUUAAAAAUGUAUAAUAUCAUUUUUUAUAGUUUUUUGUGUAUAUAUGUUACUCUGUUUUUUAAGGAUUUUAUGUAUAUUUUUUGUUUUUUGUCUGUUUCUAUCUUUCUAAGGUGACUAUAGAUGAAGAGAGUAGUGAAAGUGUGAAAUAGAGACAAACCCUAUUUAUAAUGUAUUCAUGUGUUUGGAUGGAAGUGAGAAUGCGACUGUUGGAAUGUAUUUUUGUAAACUUUCAGAAAUUCUUUAGUGUCUGUUUAAAGUCUUUGUUGUAAUUAAACACAUGGAGUGCGUUAAAGUCAAAAUAGCCCCAUGCUGGAAUUUAGCUCUCAGCAAUAAAUCUGAGUGUAAUUCAUAUCUCAGGAAGUCUAUGUGCUCCUACUGUAAGAGCAUUUUAGUGUUAAUGUGUUCAGGUGAUCACGCUCCUGUCAAUCAUCCAGCUUCUUUCAGUAUCUCUAACAUUAUUGAUUUAUUCACUCUUCCUUUUUUAUUCUUCCAUGUAUUUAAUGGAUUUUUGUAUUUAUUGUAGAGACAGGAAUUAUAAGCAGGAAUCUCCACAGAACUGGACAUUAGUUUGUCCUCAGGUAGGCAGUACACUACAUGCUUGAACUGCAUUACACAACAGAAUAUUAUGCUAUUAUAUCUGUAGCAGAUUUACAGAAAGUCUAGAUAUACAAUUAACAUUCAUCCCUAAUGAACAAGCUGAAGGCAGCGAUGGCAAGAGAAAACAAAAAAUAGAUAAAUUGUUCUUAUAAUAAAAAGAUAGAAUAUAUAAUGAAAUAUAAAAUAAAUAAAUAUAAUACUAGAUAAAUAAGUAUAGAUUAUAAUAAUAGACAAAUAAGUUCUGAGUCUCUUGUAUCUAAAGUAUCUUGUAUUUUUUGUAAAUUAAUUUAUAAAGUCUUCAGUGAUUAAAACCUUAGUCUGGGUGUCCAGUGCAAGAGAGCAAAUCUGGCCAUGCUUUUGGGGUGGGAGGAGCUUACUGUGGCCCUGGUCAUUCACAGCAGCUGCCUAUGAGCAUGAGCAGAGGGAAGAUAGAGUUUUCCUUCGAGUGUGUUACUCUGCCCUGUGACACAGCAUUGCAGAAGUGAUGUGUUGAAUUAUUUGGAUCUCAUCACAUGUGAAUACAUCACAGAGUCUCUCUCCACUUCACCAUCCGUUACUGUGGAGUUUUCUUCCUGUAAGACACAGCAGUAGAUUUCAGUAUCUGAAUCAGAGGGAGACUUUAUCACUUUAUCACUCCUGUGAUUUUUAUACCAAAUCCUUUUUUAGUUUACCUCUUUAUCUCUCUCUGCAGGAUGAGAUGUAAGACUCACAUAAGAGUAAGUCAGUUCUUCAGGUAUCAUGAUGUUAACACCAUCAUCAUAUCACCCAGUGUUUAAACAAUACACACUAAACUGUACUGUUUGAGGUUUUUGCCUGAAAUCCAUGACACACAGACUCUUCUAUUACUGAUGUUGAUACUGACUCCACUGAGUGAUGUUAUUACACUAAAUGAAGUUCACAGACACUUUCACACACAGAUGAUUGAAGUAUUGAUGAAAGUAUUGAGUAUAUCUAAACAUCUGAUUAAUAAACCGGUAAAGAAAAAACUAAAUUUCCAGUUUUAAUCUUCAGUCACCUCUGUCUCUCUCCAUCAUGAAUAUUCAUUAUUCUCAUGUAUAUAAAGUGAUGAGAGUUUGGAGUCACUGACGUACCUGAGUUGUGAUAACAGAGCUGUGUGAUGCUGAGAGAAGUUGUUU